AUGUGGAGGGAGCAAUUCUCCGUAGCCUUCCUCCGCGCACUCUGUGCGGAGUUGCUGGCCACCGCCAUCUUUGUCUUCUUCGGCCUGGGGUCAGUGCUGAACUGGCCAGAACCGGUCUCCAUCCUACAGAGUGCCAUCACCUUCAACUUGGCGGCGGCCACCGCUGUCCAGAUUGCCUGGCACGCGAGCGGCGCCCACGUCAACCCGGCGGUGACCGUGGCCUUCCUGCUCGGCUCCCGUGUCUCGUUGGUGAGGGCGGCCUGCUACAUUGUGGCCCAGCUGGCUGGAGGCAUUGCUGGAGCAGCCAUCCUUUAUGCAGUGACUCCCGGGGACAUCCGAGGGACUUUAGGCAUCAACACGGUGAGGAUCAACAUCUCAACUGGGCAAGCUGUGGCGGUGGAGCUCAUUUUGACCUUGCAGUUGGUUCUAUGCUAUUUUGUGUCCACUGACAGCAGACGAAGCAGCGGCUCCCCAGCUAUCAUUAUCGGUAUCUCUGAUGCCCUGGGCCACUUAAUUGGGCGUUACUUCACCACCUGUUCCAUGAAUCCAGCCAGAUCCUUUGGUCCAGCAGUCGUAGUUGGGAAGUUUCCACACCACUGGAUCUUUUGGGUGGGGCCCUUGUCCGGAGCUGUCAUUGCAACUCUGCUUUAUAACUUCGUUCUUUAUCCCGACCCAAAGACGUUUGCAGAACGACUGGCUAUUCUCAAGGGCAGCUACAACACGGAAGAGCUGGCGAAGGCAGACGAACCGAAGACGGAGACCAUUUCAUUACCCAGUCUUGUACACAAACUGUAG